UCUUAAUUCUGUGGCAUUUUUCGUACCUUGAAGCGGAGGAAAUAUUUACUUUUGUGAUUUUGCCUACUUCUGUGGUGUGUGAAAACGCAAACGUCGUGGCCGUGCGGUUUUUUCGGGCCCAAAGAACGGGGUGACUUCUCGAGAUUAGGAGCAAUUUUGGAGAACAUUCUCGAGCGCCGGGCAUCGUGUUCCGUUCCGUGGUGUGAUUUAUCCCGUGGUUUCACCGGUGCUGAUGCAAUUUCCGCGAUCAGUGGAAAACAGGAACGCUCAGGUUGCCGUGGUAGGGUGGUGGUGCAUCAUCAUCGCGAGCUGCGGAAGAGAGUGAGAGCGACGGGCCGUCGUCGUCGUCGUCGUCGUCGUCGUCGUCUGUCGAUUAUAUCGGGGCCAAGUGUCGCAGCAGCAAAGAAGGAGGCGAGGACCGACCCGGGAGUGGCUUGGAAUGUGUGUCCACCGAGCCGAGUCCAAAGUGUCGCGCCCGUGAAACCUUUUUAGCCAUUUUACCGUGAACGCAAUAAGAGGAGAAGAACCAAGAAAACCGUCAUCAGCAAGCGAGCCUGUCAAAAGCAAAAUCCCCAUCAUCGUCACCACCAUCAUCAUCAUCAUCAUCAUCAUCGUCGUCAUCCCCAGCUCAGACCCUCUCGUUGGUUGGUGUUGAUCCGCCUGCGCGAAUCCAAGCAAACCCUGUGGGAAGCGUGUUCUUUCCGCGAAGGAAAAGGCCAUCUCGUGAUUUGCUGGACAGUUACUUAAUUUGAGCGAUAAAACUGGAGCAUUAGAAGGAAACUACACAGAUCACAGAAAAGCCCACAUCAUGAUAAAUUUAAAAGUCAAAACUCUCGAUUCACAGAAUCAUGAUUUCAGUGUGGACGAUGAGAUCACCGUCCGCCAGUUUAAGGAAGAGAUUGCGGUUAAGAUCAACAUUGCGGUCGAUAUGCAGCGGCUGAUCUACUGUGGCCGCGUACUGGCGGACGACAAACCGCUGAAGGAUUACGAUCUCGAUGGGAAGGUGGUGCAUUUGGUGCAGCGGCCUCCACCGUCUGCUCGCGGUAGCAGCCUGAGUGGAUCGGCCGGUUCGGCGGUACGGGCAAACGAAGAGUCGGCGGCACGUGCCUCACGCCGUUCGCGUAGCAGUGACAACGCACGGCGCAACAUCUUCCGUGGGCUGGACGAUCUCAACACCAUGUACUUCGGUUCGAUGACGUCGAUCCCGCUGAACGUUAGCACCGGUAAUGCUACACAGAUCCCGUCGGUCAGCUCUUCGUCGACGCUGUGCAACAACCGCAUCACAGUAGCCCGGCACAUGCUCGAGUGUGUUGACAGCAUUCUGAGUUAUCUGGAGAAUCCGGCCCGUGGUCUCAACUACAGUGCAAUGGACUACCUGUCGCAGCAAACGAUGGAAUCGACCGUGUUCGAGUUUGGCAUUUCGGCCGUCGGUGAUGUCGACAUACCGCACAAUCAGGUGCAGAGCUUCGUCAACGCGGUACAGGGGGCGGUCAGUGCGGCCUUCCGUCAGAACGGGAUGUCCAACCUGACGGUGCAGCAACCCGAUGGGCUCAAUGGCGGUGGUUCAGUGCAGGUGUUUGGUACGGUUCCGGACUUUGCUGUUCUAACGCCACCGAACACGAGCGCCACAGCGACGCCCGCUCACGAGGGCUCCGGCGGUAGUAGUGCCACCGCCAGUAGCAACAAUAGCAGUAGUAGCAGCAGCAGCAGCAGCAGUAGCAGUAGCAGCAGCAGCAGUAGUAGUAGCAGCAGCGCCAGCGGUAGCAGUAGCACCUCGUCAUCGAGUAGCUCAUCGGAAUCGACCGCCGAUAGCCGGCGUCAGGCACGACCCGGACCGUCAUCGACUGCCAGUGCGACGACUGCGCAGCAGACGACAACCAGCACCCGGACGCUCGGAGAGGUCGUACACCAAAUGCGUACGGUGCAGCGGCGCAUGGAACCGUUCCUCCAGCAGUACUAUGACAUCCUGAUGGAGGAUCCAACGUUUGCCGAGUCUGAUACGACUGGCCGUGAGAACGCGCAGCGCGUGUUCGAUCGCGUAUCCGAAGCGAUGCACUACAUGUCUCACGCUCAGCACGCGAUCAGCGAUUUGAUGUUGGAUCUGCAGAUGAACACCCCGCGCCAUCUCUGCUGCCGACCGAUAUUGAUCGAGCAGAACGCCUACGUAAGCUCGGGAAUGACGGCCGUUCCGCACAACAUCAAUCUGGCGAACCUGCUGCGUAGCCAUAACAACAACAAUAACAACAGCGUGAAUAAUAACAACAAUAAUCCGGAAGUUGGAAACAACAACAUCAACGCCCAGGUCAUCAACGUGGGCAUUGCCCCGUCAUGGAUAACGGUGCCGGGAGGUGCAGCCGCCAGUGUUACCAUGAGACCGCCAGCGACCGGUGGAUCGGCAGCCGGAGCUACAGCACCACCGCCACCACCUCCUCCAAGAGCUACAGCAACCGCUGGAUCCACGGAAGAGGGCACCGGUGGAGCGGGUGCAGCAGGAACGACGACGACGACCGCAUCCACUGGCACCCAGCAGCGGCUUCCCUCAGGUCAGUCCACAAGCGGGGCAGCUGGUGGAGCUGACGAUAACGCUGAAGAUGAUGGUGAAGAAGAUGGCGAAGAAGAUGGCGAGGAGGAAGAGGAUGGUGAAGACGAUGAUCAUACGAUCACCUCGCUUCAUAUCCCUCUGUACGAUCUCAACACCAUUCAGCGGAUGCGCAACCUUCUCAGCAACAUGCAAUCCCAGGGCCCCACGCCAGGAAGAAGACCGGGCCAGUAUGGACUUGUUGGGGCUACUCUGCUGACACCACGAAGCCCACGGGCUGCAUCCGCUGAUGGUCGACUUCAGCCACAACCAGCGACCGGAACCGGGGCCGCAGCGGCUCAAUCGCACCAGCAUCCUGCCCCGAACGUGCUAAGACGAAUAGUGACGACGGGAAAUAAUGCCGGUGGUGGAACAACGGCCGGUGCUGGUGGACAGGCCCAGCAACAACAGCCUCUACCACCGAACCACCAGAACAGUACGGAAAUGCAGAUGGCACGGCUCAUACAGGCCAUGGUGAAUGCAGCUCCCAUACACACCGAUAUCCACGUACAGAUCAAUACCGGUGGCGUAGAUCAUGGCGAUGAUGGUAACACUCCACCUGCCGAAUCAGCUGCCAACAGCCAAAACGGAGCACGUCCACCAUCGUCGUCUUCUGGGGAUGCACCGGCCGGAAACCCUACCAAUACCACCACCACCAAUACAAACAGCAACACGAAUGGUGGAGGAGAAGGUGGUCCGGCAGCCGGUGUUCACUUCUUUCCACCCCGAUUUGCGACCGUCACGCUACCGACGACCUCAACGCAGACGCGCUCCACAUCACGACCGCACGUGCACAGCAUCGCGCCUCCCGCGGCCUCCCAUAUUCGCAACCUCCGGCCGAUGCAGACAAACAUUCUGUCCACGUUCGAUCGCUUCCUACCGUGCAACAGCCAUCACAUACGCGAAACUAGUUUCUCCAAUCAACAGCAGCAGCAGCAGCCGGAUCGUGCUAGCAACACAGAUAGCAGCAACCGCGAAAGGACCGGUGGUGAUGGUAGUCAGCCUGCAGCUGCAGCAAUCGAAGCCAAUGUCCGGGCCGCCCUCGCUCUAGUGCCGCUUCCGUUUACACUGUUUGGUAGCCAGAUGACAAUGGCUGACUUCGCUAACCUGGUACCGAGUCCGAACACACUGAAUCGUAUCCGUGGAUCGCUGCAGACGUACAUCAAUCAGGCCCUUUCGCCAAAUGGUGCCCCGAUCAACGAUGAAGCCAUACGAGAGCUGGCGACUAGAAGCAUUAACCAGCUGGCGGACGUUCUAGAACCGCUCGCUUCGUACGAUCGGCCCGAGUACGAUACGCGCGCCUCCCUGGCCAACCUCAUCCGUCACACGCUCCCGACCUGCGUCAAUCUGAUCCGCGAGGACAGUUCGAGCCAGUUUGGGUUGCGUUUGAUGCGCACGCUAGUCCAAUUCGUACGCCGCUUCUGCAUGAUUCUCGUGCAAGGCAUUGGGCGCGAGAAUGGUCGCCGCAUUCUGGGGGACCUGUUCCGGGCCGCACUGCAGCUCAAUCCGGCCACACAGCAGCAACAGUCGGUAACGGCCAGUGGCCGUGGCCGUGAUUCGAACACUGUGAUACAGGAGGUGCAGCGGGCCCUGCAACCAGUGCUGGAUCGCUAUCUCGAUGUUGCCAGCCGGCAGGAUACGUUCGAUGUGCAGCCCUUCAUGGUCAUUCGGCAACCGGCACCAGUCACCGGGCAAAUAGCCAGCGCAGUGGCAGCCGCCGAAGCUAGCUCGACGGCGGCGGCAUCGACGGCUGCAGCAGCAGCGGCAGCCGCCGCAGCAGCAGCAGCCGCUGCCGCUGCCGCCUCAGCUGCAGCAGUCGCCGCCGUAGCCGCUAGCGCACGGGUACUGUCCGGCGAUGGUGCUGAUAGCCGAUCUUCCAGCAUGUCCUCCACCGGCACAGCGACAACUGGUCAGCGGGAAUCGAGCCCAAUGGAAGUGGACGAUGUUGAAAGUACCUCUACGCCGGAACUGGUGUCGGAUAUUGCAGAGAUAUCGAUAUCGUUCGGGCCACCGGCCAUGAGCGUUGAUCCCUGUGCGACAAUCGUGAUCACGGACAAUGCGUUGGCCGCCGGUGAUGUUGUGGUGCCCGUAGCUGGAACAGACGUAGAAUCCGAUGCCACCACCUCCUCCUCUUCCUCUUCCUACGCAUCAGUCAAUGUCGAGCAACAACAACAGUCACAACAACAGCCACCAUCGAUCGAUAGCACCGGAGGAAUGGCAGCAGCGGCGGCAGCAGUCGCACUGCGUGCGGCAUCACUGGCCGAUCCACCAGUUCCACCACCACGACCGGUCGAUGAGGACGAGGAAGAGCUACCGACGGUGAUGAUUGGUGCGGAAUCGUGGCACCGGCAUGUUCCGCCCAACUGGAUACCGGUGAUUACACGCGAUCUUGGACGACAACGGCGACAAAACCCGCAGGCACCGUUUUCGGAUGCAUAUAUCUCCGGUAUGGCGUCGAAACGCCGGAAGCUGCUAACAGAAUCGAAGCCACCGAAUGAUGUGCCAUCGCUCAUCUCCGAUGGUGUGCGACGAUCGUUCCUGGGAACCGGUGUAAACCCGUCAAACUUCAUGAUACCAUCGGCGAGCGGCAGCGGCAGCAGUAGCAGCACCAGUGGCAACAGCGCUACCAUCACCGGUGGUCCGGCUACGUCAGGGGCUGCUACCAGCAGCACCACCGGUACGACGACGAACCGGAUCCGUUCGCUCGAUGAACUUGCAAACAACAUCGCCAGCGACAGUGCACUACAGAUGUCGUACUGUGAGGCGAUGAAGGCCAGCAUACGGGACCGCUUGGCGAACGAUCCGGAUUACGAUGCAACCCGGUUUCCGAAUUGCUCCAAAUACUUUGAAAAACAGUAAGCGAAGUAUGUUUAGUAGAUUCUUCGAUAAUACUGUAGCGGGGGGGG